CCCGGCCCCCCCCGGCCCCCCGGACUCCCCCGGCCCAGGAUGAAGGACCGGCUGGAGCAGCUGAAGGCUAAACAAUUAACGGAAGACGAUGAUACUGAAGAUGUGGAGAUCGCCAUCGAUAACACGGCUUUUAUGGACGAGUUCUUCUCUGAGAUCGAGGAGACCCGGCUCAACAUCGACAAGAUCUCAGGGAGCGUGGAGGAGGCCAAGAAGCUGUACAGCAUCAUCCUCUCCGCACCGAUCCCCGAAUCAAAAACAAAGGAUGAUCUGGAGAAACUCACGACUGAGAUCAAGAAAACGGCCAACAACGUCCGCAACAAGCUGAAGAGCAUGGAGAGGCACAUCGAACAGGACGAAGUCCGGUCAUCGGCUGAUCUGCGGAUUCGGAAAUCCCAGCACUCCGUCCUCUCCCGCAAGUUUGUGGAGGUGAUGACCAAGUACAACGAGGCGCAGGUGGACUUCCGGGAACGCAGCAAGGGGAGAAUCCAGCGACAGCUCGAAAUCACCGGCAAGAAAACAACCGACGAGGAGCUGGAGGAGAUGUUGGAGAGCGGAAACCCGGCCAUUUUCACUUCUGGAAUCAUCGACUCUCAGAUCUCGAAGCAGGCGCUCAGCGAGAUCGAGGGGAGGCACAAGGAUAUCGUGCAGCUCGAGAGCAGCAUCAAGGAGCUUCAUGAUAUGUUUGUGGACAUAGCCAUGCUGGUGGAGAACCAGGGAGCCAUGAUAGACCGCAUUGAGAACAACAUGGACCAAUCGGUGGGCUUUGUGGAGCGGGCCGUGGCUGACACCAAAAAGGCCGUGAAAUACCAGAGUGAAGCCCGAAGGACACUCCCGAUCAUUCCCUUCCGCCUCCUGAGUCUGUGGCAGAAUCCUGUUGAUCCCACUCGUGUCGCUCUGUGCACUGACCAACUUCUCCUCCUCCUCCUCCUCCUCCUCCUCCUCCUCUCCCGGAUCUCAGUCCAACUCAGUCCACAUCCAGGCUCGGAUGCGGCUCUGAAUGGCUUCUCUGAGCGGAAAUGGGAAACCAUUCAUUCGCCUUUCUCCAGCCACCCCUGGAUCUGAUCUAGCAACACCCAAGAAGAGUCCAGUCCGCUCAGCUCGAUUUCGAGGGUCACCGGGUUUGGAAAGUCCCCCACCAAAGAGCAGAUUUUCGACCUGCCCCGAUUUGUCCUCCCCUUAGCUCUUCCACCACGUCUCCUUGUGUGCGAUUUUAGGUUCCCCGCUUCCUGUAGCUCUCCAGACCCUCCCAGGACGCUGCUUUCUACCUCACGGAGCCCUCUCCUCUCAGGAAUUGUAAUGUCUUGUUGGUGCGAUCUCUUGGGAGAUGUGAGGAGUGGACAUUGCGAGAAUCGGAAUCACUCCUUGGAACGAAAUUUGGGUGCUCCCGGGCCACGUGGAGACCCGAGGCGGGCCUGGAAAUUUGUACGUGGGUGCUCUGGAAAGGCGGUUUGAGGCUCACUUCCAGGUUGGCUCUAUCAGUCGUCUCCUUCCCCUCGGGAGGGCGAAUCCGGAUUGGAUUUUUACUUCCGCAAAUAACGCGUGUUUGGGUGGGCGCGCGUUUCCCGAAGCACUCCCGGGCCACGCGGAGACCAGAGGCGGGCCCGGAAAUUUGUACGUGGGUGCUCUGGAAAGGUGGUUUGAGGCUCACUUCCAGGUUGGCUCUAUCAGUCGUCUCCUUCCCCUCGGGAGGGCGAAUCCGGAUUGGAUUUUUAUUUCCGCAAAUAACGUGUGUUUGGGUGGGCGCGCGUUUCCUUCCGUGUCCGUUUACUGAGGGAGGGUUGGUAGUUAUUCGAGAGCUGCAGUGCAGUAUGAGGCCCCACUCAAGGCACCUUAAGGAACCAGGACCAGGAGUUGGGGGCGGCUGGGGUUGGGGACCCGACCCCGGUUGCAGCAGACGGGAUCAGGCCGGAGGUAGAGCUCCAUUUCCUUUUUUUGGGAUGAGGCACUCCUCUGGGAUUUGGACACAUUGGUGUCCUCGACGUUUUGAUGGUGUACCCUCCAGAGCGAGGUUCUUGGAAAUGACCGUGAGGCAGGAGGGAAGGAGGGAAAUCCGCCGGAGAGCAGAGUGGCAGGAAAGUCGGCUUCUCGGGCUGAGCUAGAAAGGGGGUGAUUCCGGAUUACAAGUUUCCACGCAAGGGCUUGGAGAUGGGGAUCCCAGUUCCCUCCAUCCUCCGGGGGUUUGCCCCCAAUCUGUCCGGACCAUCACAGAUGGGAGACUGGAGGUGGGGUUUCAACAGGGAACGUCAAGUCCGACUGGCCCUACUGAACUUCUAGAGACCCUCCCCUGGUUGAUGAUGGUUUGUGUCUCCUUCCUCCACCUCCCUGAGGUGUGGUGAGCCACCCGUCGCUGUCGGCCUUAACUUCCGAUCCCGGCUGCUUUUUGGGUGUGGAAAGCGGUCCGCCCCAGGCAUCUCCCAGCGUAGAGAUGGAACCGCGGGGGUUUUGAAGUCUCACGUUGGAAAGAAGGCCCUGGUAGAAGUGAGGGUGGGAAACCAACCCCAGUCAUGUGUUCACCCCCACAAAAUGAAGUGUUUUUGGUGCGUUUGUUUUUUUUUUUUAAUGGCAAGUUGAUUAUUUUAUUGUUAAUUUAAAGAAUAAAUGAGUUUCUAUUGAUUGUGA